CGAGUCAAGAAAUAACCGAGAAAGGCCAGUGCGGAGAUAUACGUCAAGAGUGUUUGUGUGAGAGAGACAGAGACAGCGACAGAGGCAGAGAAAUUGGCCAUGGCCGGAAGGAACUAUCUGCCACCGCAUGCCUUAAACCCCCGGGACGGGUCAUUGAAAAGGCAUCCUCGCCCUCCGCAUCCUGCCCUAAUCGAUGACCCUCGCCUCCACCACCGGCUUCCCGGCCCUCCGCCACCGCCCGCCUUCCUCCGCGCCCACCAUGCCCUAGAAGACGACAUAAUCACCCGCCGCCGUGAGUUCCAAGCCCUCCUCCUCGAGAGACAACGCCUGGACGCAAUUCACGUGGCGCUUGAGCAGGAGAUCGCCGCCGCGCACCAGAAGCUCCGUGACCUAAAAGCCGUCGGCGUCGACAUCAAGUCCGAAAAAGACGCUCAGGUGCGGGAUGUCUACGAGCGAACGCUCAAGAAGCAGACCGAGGUCGACUUGAUUGACGUUCUCGACGCGGAGCUCGCUCAGGUUAAGGACAAUAUUCAGAAACUGAAAGCUGAGAACGAAGAGCGCACUGCGAAGCUGAAGGCAAUCCAGGAUGAUAUUGCGAAGGCCCACCCGGAGUUGCAGCAAUUACCUGCGAUCAAAGCUGAGGUUGAGGCCGAGCACCAAGAAAUUGAAAAAGGAAGGGCAGCUGUUGAACAUGAAAAAAAGGUGCAAGUGAUUAAUGAUGAAUAUGGUCAGACAAUGGAGAAAAAUGUAUUCUCCAAGGCUCGAGAAAUUGAGAAACUACGUGCUGAACUUGCUCAUGCAGAGAAGAGAGCAAGAGCAGCUGCUGCUGCUGCUGCCGCAACUCCAAGUCCUGGAUACGUUGGUUAUGGUGGAAUCUCGUAUCAUGAUACUUACAACAUGCAUCAGAAGAAAUAUGAUCCGAGGGUAAAGGAAAGGUGGAUGGUUGAAGCGUAGAAGCUAGUUCUAUUAUUAUUUGGGUAAACAUAAGACUUGGUCUUGUAAUGGUUACGAUGGUUUGUAAUUAUGUAUGGUACCUAUGAUUUUGUUUUUCGUGAGUAUAUGUCAUGGUUAUCUAUAUAAUUGCAGGCAAAACAAGGAACAUUUUGUAAAGUUAUUACAUGGCUAGGUUUAUUGUUAUUUAUAUUUGUGAUGUUAUGUUAAGUUGACGGAAGUAAGUGGUUUUCCAUGUUCUAUAAUUGGGUUUCACGUUAACACUGCCAUUUGAUGAAACUUUUCUAUAUAAAGAUGGUAUUAGAACUUAUCUCAUCAUUCCCUUAAGAGUUGCGUCAGGAAGAGCAUCCAACUUAAAAUUUUCACAUUUUUCUUUUGCAUAGAUUUAUGUUGUCAAUGAGAUUUUUUAGAAGUCAAUUAAUAUUGUGAAUGCUCUGCCCCCAUUCCUAACUUGGUUGAGGUAAGGUGUUGAUGAUGAUUAUGACUAUAAGUUGAUUGAAGAUACCUAGUGUUCUUGAUGUUCUUUGGAUUGGGAAUGGGCACGAAUCAAUUCGCUUAUGGUUUUUAAGAUAAUUGUAACUGCAUGAUUAUGGAUUUUUAUAACUGCGUUUGUAAUCAGCAAAUUAAUCAUAUCCGCUGUUGUUUCGUAACUGUUUUAACAAAUUGCAUAAUUAAAUAUAAUUUUCAAUAAGAAACAAAAUUCUUUAUUAAAUUAAAGAAUAGGCAACCAACACACAAAAAAUACAUGAAAUUGACAACUAAAAUUGAAAAUGAACAUUUAAAUUAGACUUAAACUAAUGAUUACACAAAUUGGAAUUGGCCUUAGGAAAUCUAGCAACUGAAAGGAAAAUCUUAAAAUGAUUACACAUUUUAUGGAAAAUGAUUUUGCUAUUUUAAGGUAACAAUUUAUUUAUUGAACAUUGUUGCUAAUAAAUUACAACUUAAAGGAUAUUAUGUAAAGGAAUAUAUAUUUAAAUUACCAAUUUAUAAGCUAAUAUUGUAUUAUAUAUAAAAAUUAAUAUUAUAUAUAAAAUUAUUGGUUACGGUUACAAUUACAGUUUUUUAUACCAUAACUGUGACCGCAGUCUUUCUAUUUUUUUAAUUGUAACCGUGUUUGUAUGGUUUUACUUGAUUUUUAACCAUGUCCAUUAGAUGCGGUCAAGAAUUAACCAAUCCAUGCCCCAUGCCCAUCUCUACCUUGGAUGGAAGCUUCGGUUGACUGAGGACAUGUACUGAAAGUGUACCUUGAUUUGAUCCUAUACCACGCUUAGUUUAAUUAAUUCACUCUUAAUAGACGCUAAUAGUGGUAAUAAAUAUAGGAGUGAAUCCCACCCAGUUUGAGGAUAGUCACUUCAUCUAAGUAACUUAAGCAUGGGUGGACAUCUCUUGAGGUGCGGGUUAAGGAGUCUCUAGUUAAGUAUAGCUGCUUGAAAAAAGAAUGGCAAGAUAUCAAGUAGAAACAACUGAUCCCUCGAGAAACAGUACGUCUACUUCAACAGAUCUCCUAGGUACCAUGUAACAACAACUGCUAGAAAUAACUUGUUAUCCCAUGGAGUUAUGCUGAUUUAUUGGCCAGUCUGCACCAUUGUUGCAUGGUACUUAGUGGCAGAAAUUAUUCAAAUGAACUGAUGAUUUGUGUGUAGGCUUUCCUGAAUUAGAACAAAUUUUUUAUCUUGGAUUUUCUGUUUUCUAACUUAUUGAUGUUAAAUGUAUUGAUCGUUAGUGAAGUUUUUCCAUUAUUUACAGUUUGAAACCCAUCUGCUGGAGUCCGAAUACUGUAAUGGUCUGAACCCAGACUUUGUAUGCUAGUUCCCUAAAUGAAAAUGAAAUGGCUGUAUCUGAUGUUACUGUUGAGAGUUAAAAUGAAAAAUAUAAAAGAUAAAGUUAACUUUCUAUUGAACAGUUUAAACUUUUAGAUGAGAUAAUAGUUAAUAAUUUAACAUUGUAUUAGAGUAAGCAAAGGUGUUCUGAGCUCAAACCUCAAUACUUACCAAAUAUUUAAAUUGUUGCAUUUGUAUGAACCAAUCAUACACAAAAGAUGAAAUUAACACUUUAUUUAAUAACUUAAACUUUUAGAUGAGAUAAUGAUUAACAAUUUAAUAUUUAUUUCAUGAACUGAAAUGGAAUUGAGCUAGGAUUAGAUUUACUACUGAUUGAAAGCGAAGUGUAUCAUGAACUGCAUUCUCAUUUUUCACCCGCAUAUUUUUGCUUACCUGCUAAGUUGCACUUUUCAGUUUUCAGGAUUUCUUUAUCCUGUCGUUAUGCUAUUCGAUCUGGUUGACAUGCUUUACUUGUCUAGUUAGGCUUUUGAGAGUUCCCACAAAUUUCACAUGAUCAGAUCAGAUGUGCAUGGUAAACAGUUUAACACCAUCAUGAUGAUCACAUAUGCUGGUCUUUGGCAUCUCAAGAAACCAAUGACAGACUAUGAAUCAUAAGUAUAUAUACAUGUAGGUAUGUUUUGGGUGGGACGAGGAUCUAGUCUCCUAAAGCAACAACCAAAAAGAAGUUUUUUGAAGCUAAAGAAACCCCUUUCACCUUGUGGUGCAGGGGCUGUGUGGUCCACUGCUGCAUGAAACCAACAUCAGCAGCAACAAUGUAGGAUCUACAAUUUAAACCCUUCAUUGCUAAUCAGCUUAAACCCAAACUACAACCUCUAAUAAUCUUCCUCUCGAUUUGUUUUCCACAUUGGUCAAUACCUCUGAUUGUUUUUUCACGUUUCUACAAACUGAAAUGUUUGGUCAAAUAGCUUAUUAGCGGAGAAAACUUUCACCAAAUCGGUAUCAUUUCUAGUGUUUACUUAGUCGGCAUUACAUGAAUGAAACUUCAUCACUAAGUGAAUAGCAUGUGCAGUACUAGAUGGAAGAAUGAAACUGCUACUAAUUGAGACAAACUCCAGGAGUAGAUGGAGCACUUAUGUGGGAUCAACUUUGACCAAUUAUUUAUAGAAUAGAUAGAUUAUCUCAGUAUUAUUUAU